ACCGCUCGUCGUGCUCAGUGCUCAGCUGACAGUAGUCGGAUUGCCGGUCGCGAAGGAUUCUGAUUCUGAUUGUGGUGCGAUUCUCGCCGAAAGUGGAAGCAGUGGCAAGGCGAAAAGAAAUAGGUGCACAGCAGCCUGGAUGCGGAUUAUAUUAUUAUAUUUUUGGAAUCGAGAUAAUAAUGAUGAUCGUGAACCGAUCGGGCUGAACGUGUUGUGCGCGUGUGUUUCGCUUUUUACGCCUUUUUUCAACUGCGGCGAGGAAUCGAAUGCGAUUUCGGUUCGGAAAUCGAGGGAAAUUUUUAGAACACCCAGAAGUUCCCCCUUUCAAAUAACAGUGAAGUGUAUUGUUAAACAAAAGAAAGAGCAAAAGCAAAAAGCAGAAGAAGAAGCAGUGAGCAAAGCAAAGCGAAAGAGCUGAGUAAAGGAGGCAGAAUUUACCAAUCCAGAGUCUGAUUUACAGCUGCGCGUUGGUGUGCGAAAACAUAAAAAAGGCCCAUUCGCAAAAAGGCCUUCUUAUCCCAUCUCUCAUAUAUGAGCCCCAGAGAAUUGUUUCACAAUUUUACAAUCGUUUUCUAAUGACAACGGUCGCACUGAAAUCGGGCAACAAAUUAUUGGCCGCCGUCUCAGUUCCACACAUCUUCUAAUUUAUUAAAAGCAGUGACAGUGUUUUUUCUCCAUUUUCUGCCUGCGCCCGGUUCGUUGGGAGAAAAAAAAAACUGGGCGAGAAACAAAGGGAAAGGAAACCGAAAUACACAAAACACAAAAAGUAUAAAAUACAAAUUCAACACGCGAAUGUUUCAAUCGAAAGUCGAAGAGAGUUGAGUGAAUUAGUGAAAUAUAUGUAUAUACACGCUCAUAAAAUCUAUACACACAUGCGCGUUUUUGUGAUAUAUUAAACAACGCUCGCAUAACGGCGAAUUUAUUUCAAUUGCUAAGUCGGUGGAAAAAGGCCGGAAAAUAAAUAAGCUAACAAAUUGAGGAAUAUCAUAGUACACCCUAUAAAUUUGGAUUAAUUGGGAAACCCCUCAAAGGCGGAUAAAUACCAUUUAAUUGGAAUGGCAUCAUCCCCAAAUAACGCGGCGCCGCCUGUUUUAUGGCGGGCGAGACGUAAAAUUGGCCUGCAUUUGCGGAGCAUCGAGGAGCCAGCGACGACGCCGCUCCAGUUCCAGCCCACUGGCAGGAUGAACACGGAGCAGGGGGGCACGGGGUACGGCGGCUACGGAUCCAGCGAGCACUCGCUGCUCAUCGCCACACGCCACGCCGGUGUCCCCCUGCCCCUCGCCCAGCACCAGCCACUCCCCGCCCACUAUCAGCCGCUGAACCACUCCGGAGCAGCCCCGCCCUCCUCAUCCAACGGAUCAUCCUCCUCCGGCGGCGGAGUCCAGACGUCGGCCACGCCGCAGCAACAGCAGCAGUACCAGGUGCAACAGCCGUAUCAGUACCAGUACCAGCAUCACUAUCACCACCAGGCCAACUCGCCACAACACCACAGACCCUACGAUCCAGAGCACGCGCGGAUGGAGGCCUGGCUGGAUGAGAAUCAGGAAUUUGUACAGGAUUAUUUUAUAAGGAAAGCCACACGUCAGACCGUGGAUGCCUGGCUGGUUUCCCAUGCCACAUCGGCGGGCAACGAUGUGGUCAGCAGCACCUCACCCACACACGCCAAUGGACAGACGAGUUCCUCGCGGGGUGGAUCCGGUGCCACCACACCAGUGCGAAAAAUAUCUGCUCACGAGUUUGAGCGUGGCGGACUGCUGAAACCGAUUGUCAACACAAUCGACGGCACGCCCACAUUUUUGAGCAUUGGUCCGCCGAUGGACAACGGCAGCGUAGGCGGCAGCUGCAGCAAUCUGCAGAAUGUCGGUGGCGUUGUGGCCGGACAGUAUCAGUAUAACCAUCAGCAGCACCACCACAAUCAUGCCCAUCUGCACCACAGCCAGCACAGUCAUUACCAGGCGGGCGGGGCCGUUGGGAGCAGCAGCUUGGGCAGCACCGGUGGCGCUUCGGGAGCGGGAGGAGCACCCAGUCUGGGUGGCAGCGGUGGAGCCGGAAAUGGCCAUCAAUAUCCAUACUAUCAUUGCCACCAGCGACCACAGCGGUUGUCACGCAACGAGCUCAAGCAGCUGGACGAGAAGGAGUUGAUUUUCGAGCUGGUGAAGGACAUUUGCAACGAGCUCGAGGUGCGCACUUUGUGCCACAAGAUACUCCAGAACGUGUCCAUUCUGCUGAAUGCCGAUCGAGGAUCUCUGUUCCUGGUGCAAGGACGAUGCAACGGACCGGAUGGCCUAAAAAAAUGUCUCGUCUCGAAGCUGUUCGAUGUGUGCCCCCGCAGCACCGUGGAGGAAAUGGAGCAGCAGGACGAAGUGCGGGUGGCAUGGGGCACGGGAAUCGCCGGCCAUGUGGCCGAAAGCGGGGAGCCCGUCAACAUACCAGAUGCUUACCAGGACGAGCGAUUCAAUUGUGAAAUUGACUCGCUGACCGGCUAUCGGACGAAGGCCUUGCUUUGCAUGCCCAUCAAGGAUUCAUCCGGGGAUGUGAUUGGCGUGGCGCAGGUCAUCAACAAAAUGAAUGGCGAGUGUUUCUCCGAAAUCGAUGAAAAGGUCUUUUCCUCGUAUCUGCAAUUCUGUGGGAUUGGGCUGCGGAAUGCACAGCUGUAUGAGAAAUCUCAACUGGAGAUCAAGCGGAAUCAAGUGCUCCUGGAUCUGGCACGCAUGAUCUUCGAGGAGCAGAGCACCAUAGAGCACAUGGUCUUCCGCAUUCUCACCCACAUGCAGAGUCUCAUCCAGUGCCAGCGCGUCCAGAUCCUCCUGGUCCACGAGGCGGACAAGGGCAGCUUCUCGCGGGUCUUUGACUUCGAGGCGAAUGACUUGAGCGAGGAGGAGGCCACUUCACGCACCAGCCCUUACGAGUCGCGGUUUCCCAUCAACAUUGGUAUCACUGGACAUGUGGCCACCACCGGGGAAACGGUAAAUGUGCCCAAUGCCUAUGAGGACGAUCGCUUCGAUGCGAGUGUGGACGAGAACUCCUGCUUCAAGCACCGAUCUAUUCUAUGCAUGGCCAUCAAGAACUCGCUGGGUCAGAUCAUUGGUGUGAUCCAGCUGAUCAACAAGUUCAAUGAGUUGGACUUCACCAAGAACGACGAGAACUUUGUGGAGGCGUUCGCCAUCUUCUGCGGCAUGGGCAUCCACAACACGCACAUGUACGAGAAGGCCAUUGUGGCAAUGGCCAAGCAGAGUGUCACCCUGGAGGUGCUCAGCUACCACGCAUCGGCCACCAUGGACGAGGCUCAUCGACUGCGGCGCCUUCGAGUGCCUUCAGCUGUACACUUUCGACUGCAUGACUUUAAGUUCGAUGACAUACACUUUGAAGAUGAUGAUACACUAAAGGCCUGCCUGCGGAUGUUUUUGGAUCUCGAUUUUGUAGAACGCUUUCAUAUCGAUUAUGAAGUUCUGUGCCGAUGGCUUUUGAGUGUCAAGAAGAACUAUCGCAAUGUUACCUAUCACAACUGGCGUCAUGCCUUCAAUGUGGCCCAAAUGAUGUUUGCCAUUCUAACUACGACACAAUGGUGGAAGAUCUUUGGCGAAAUCGAAUGCUUGGCGCUUAUUAUUGGCUGCCUAUGUCAUGAUCUCGAUCAUCGGGGGACUAACAACUCCUUCCAGAUUAAAGCCUCGUCGCCUUUGGCGCAGCUGUACUCAACCUCCACCAUGGAGCAUCAUCACUUUGAUCAGUGUCUAAUGAUCCUGAAUAGUCCUGGAAAUCAAAUUCUGGCCAAUCUCUCAUCCGAUGACUACUGUCGGGUCAUUAGGGUAUUGGAAGAUGCCAUUUUGUCCACAGACUUAGCCGUUUAUUUCAAGAAACGAGGUCCUUUCCUGGAGAGUGUGAGCCAGCCGACGAGCUACUGGGUGGCGGAGGAGCCGCGCGCCCUUUUGCGUGCAAUGAGCAUGACUGUCUGUGAUUUGUCGGCCAUCACGAAGCCGUGGGAGAUUGAGAAGCGUGUGGCUGAUUUGGUUAGCUCGGAGUUUUUCGAGCAGGGAGAUAUGGAGAAGCAGGAGCUCAAUAUAACUCCUAUUGAUAUCAUGAAUCGCGAAAAGGAGGACGAGCUGCCCAUGAUGCAAGUGAACUUUAUAGACUCCAUUUGCUUGCCAAUCUAUGAGGCCUUUGCCACCCUCUCCGACAAGCUUGAGCCUCUUGUCGAGGGCGUGCGCGAUAAUCGUGGCCAUUGGAUUGAUCUGGCCGAUGUCGUGAAAACCAAAACUAGUCAGGAUCAGGAGCCGGAGGAGGAGCAGCAGCAGCAAAAUGUGAUAUCGAACGGUGACUGCAAGGCGAUGAGUGAUGAUGAUGUGGCUGCAUCGGAGGCGGAAGUGGCAGUGGACUCCCCGAGCGAGAAAGCAAGCCACCCAGCCCAGUGAUGAUGAUAAUGAUGUAGAUGCAGAUGCGGAUGACGUGGACGAACAGGCCGCCGAGGAGAAUGGUCACGAUGCUGAAGUGGAUGAGGCAUCCUGCCGUUCUAACAGUACCUGCAGCUCCUCGACCGCCUCAAGUUGUCUGUCCACGCCACCGCCCACCGGCGAGGAUGACAGCACGCCAGUCUCGCCCUUGAAAACCCUUCAGGCCAAGCUGGUGGCAGCCAAUUUGAAUGCGCUGCAACGGCAGACGUCCAAUCAGGCUCAGACCCAAAAGCAGCGUUGCAAGAGUUGCGACCAUUCGCGCAGUGGGCUGCAGGUUCGGAAGACCAGCUCCCUGCGCGGCGCGCAAGAACUCGAUUUGGAUAGUAAGACAAGAAAUGGAACGCACGCUGCUCUCUGCAAAAGCACGCCAGUGAUCAACAACCACAGCCAUCAUCAUAAUCAUAGUCACAGCCACAACCACAACCACCAUCAUCAUCAUCACCAUCACUCGCAUCACAAUCACAGUCAGCACGGAAUCGGGAUUGGCAGUGCCAGCAUCGGUGGUAGUGGGCUAAUCAGCCUGACCACACCACUGCUGGCUAUGGACAGUGAUAGGAUACCAAAAAUCGUAGGCAAAAUUGGAAAUCUCGAUGGCCUGCCCUUCGCCAAUGGCAUUGGAGGUCCACAAAAUGGUCAUGGGUUGCCCUUCGGCAGCUAUCAGCAUCAUCAUCAUCACCAGCAUCAUCAUCAUCUACUGGCGCGUCGGCAUUCGGAGACAAAUAGCAAUGGGGCCACCGCUAUGGCGGUUGAAAAAUAAAUACAUCCCAAUCUGGUGUGUUCCUAGAAACUCGGAAACAGAUUAAAGGGGAUCAUAUUUAACAUGAUAACUCUUAAACCACAUAUGUGAUGCCUAAAAGUAUGCAAGAAAUCAAAAAAAAAAAACUUGUAUUGGUCAUAACUCUUCAAAAGGUUUUCUAGACAAGUCCGUUGUGGCGAGAUUUCUGGAUCACAUUAGCAUAUCUUCAAUAUGUACAUAGUUCUGAACACCUCAUCUAAAUCGCAAAACACAUUACCGCCCACUCUCAUCCUGUAUAUAACAUCCAUUUUGAGCAACAGUAUCGGAGAGCAGUAGGAAAGAAUAUUGAGAAAAACACAUACCAUAAGCAAAUUGUGGCACAGCAAUUUGAUAGCCUACAACUAAAGCUAAAUAGAAAGAUUCCUAUAAACGUAUGUAAGUCGUUAUAUACCUAUGUAUGUGUAUAUUCUGAUCUGUGUGUGUUUGUAACUUAAAUUUUUAGUUCGUAUCGUCAGCGUUAGUUAAUGAUAAUGCAAAGAAGUCAAAUUUUCUAGAUGUUUAAGCACCAACCAACAAAAGAAACAAACAAAACAAAACAAAUGAAAAGAAAAAUCUUACCAAAAAUGGCAGAGUAGUGGACUCUUUAAUUGUCGUUCGCUUGCAAGUUACGCUCAUUUUUAUGGAACACAGCAAGGAUAAAAGUAUUGUAAUGUCCGCGAAACAGAUACAUAUUCGAGUACGAUAACACUGUAUAACUGUAAACGUUAGUUGAAUUAUCUCUAUGGGUACCAAAAGUCUAACUUUAGUAGCAUUAACCAACCGCUUAGUGAUGAUGUUAGCUGUCAAGUAACGAGAAACCGAUCCGAUCGCGAGCCUAGAUUGUAAUAAUCACCCAUACAUAAUACACCUGCAACCGGUAAAAAGAAAACAAAACCAACACUUAGCGCUUUGAUUUUCCCCGUCGCUGCGCUCUUUUCGAAUUUAAAUAAUUGUAAUGUUAUGCGAUGAUAAGAAAUGUAUUUGUAUCUGCAUAUGUACUUGAUGGCCCUGAUGGGCUGGCCCAAUGUGCAAAACCCAAACCAUCUUGGUAGCAUGUAUUCUUGUGGCAACAGCACGUCUAACGUUCUUCGUGCCACUGGGACCAACUGCUCGUACACAGUUGCAGAUACGUCUAUAUAAAUUCAUGUAAUCCUUCUUUAGACUAGAUUGUACUUUGUGAGUUUUGUUAUUUAUUGUCGGCAUUAUAGAGAAACCUAUCGAAAAUACACAAACUAUUUGCUGUAACGGACCAUGUUCAAUAAGGCAAAACUAAAUAAAGCAACAUAAUACCU